AUUUUACUCUAUACCUAGGGCAGCAGUAGCUCAGGAGGUAGAGCGGGUUGUCCAGUAAUCAGAAUGUUGCAGGUUCAAUCCUGGCUCUGAUCAGAGAAUGCUGCUGUUGUGUCCUUGGGCAAGACACUUAACCCGCCUUGCCUACUAGUGGUGGUCGGAGGGACCGGUGCCACCAGUGUUCGGCAGGCCUCGCCUGUGUCAGUGCGCCCUAGGGCAGCUGCAGCUACAUUGUAGCUCAUCCCCACAGUGUGUGAAUGUGUGGAUGAUUUUGUUGUGAAGUGCCUUGGGGGGUUUGUAGAACCCUAAGAAGGCACUAAAAAAAUGCAGGCCAUUUACUACCUGAGACUGGGUGUUCUCGAGUCCUGAUGCAAUGGACAUUAUUUUGGUUCUAGUCAUUGGCUAGGAGGCAACAUUUCCAAAUUAGUAGACAUAGUAUCACCCAAGGUGGCGUUUAAUGACAAGACAACCUCGGUGCAGGUGUAAUUCAAUAUCUACCCGGGUGUUCUUCUGUGACAGUGCUAUUUCCAGAGCCGUUACCUCAUUCCACAUUUCCGCUGUGGGGUAUUUUAGGAAAAUAUGUCAAAGCAGUGAGCUUGUUUAGGAAGUCCAGGCUACAGCAAGACAGCUAUGGAGAAAUACAGACUGGAGCAUAAGGAAGGAUAGGGGUUAAAUUCUGAAAUAUGAGGGGAAUUGGCAGAAGGGCUUUUGAAGCGAUGCUUGACAGGCCUUACCUAAUAGCUUUACGGUAAUUGUAUUUUACGAGAACACAGAUCUGACAGGAUAAGCCUUUAAAAGCCUACGACAUACAUUAUAGCUCUUUGGAUUUUUCCAUCCUCAGGUGUUGCGGUGCUGAGGGGCGGGAGUGCUCAACAUGAUGGAAAUAGAUAACUGUUUUCGCUACUACUUCCAGCACCCGUGGUCACGUCUGAUUGUGGCCUACCUCGUCACCUUCUUCAACUUCCUCAUCUUUGCCGAGGACCCUGUCUCCCACAGUCAGACGGAAGCCCACAUCAUCGUGGUGGGCAACUGCUUCUCCUUCCUGUUCAACAAGUACCCGGGCCUCGGCUGGAAUAUCCUGAAAGUAAUAUGCUGGACACUUGCUAUUAUUACUGGCCUAGUAGCUGGGAAGUUUAUAUUCCACCGCCGGCUCUUUGGUCGAUACCUGCGACUCAAGAUGUUCCGCGAGGACCACGGCUCUUGGAUGACCAUGUUCUUCAGCACCAUCCUCUUCCUCUUCAUCUUUUCGCACAUCUACAACCUUUUCCUGCUGAUGGCCGGAAGCAUGGAUCCUCACAUGGUGACAGAGUACAUGGGCAUCAGGAACGAGAGUUUUAUGAAGAUUGCUGCAGUGGGGACAUGGAUGGGAGAUUUUGUGACUGCUUGGAUGGUGACAGACAUGAUGCUCCAGGAUCAGCACUACCCAGACUGGGGAAAAGCUGCAAGAAGGUUCUGGAAGCAAGGCAACAACAGGAUAGUCCUCUUCUGGACGGUGCUUUUCUCUCUGACCUCCGUGGUGGUUCUGGUCAUCAGCACCGACUGGAUCAGCUGGGACAACCUGAACCGGGGCUUCUUGCCCAGCGACGAGGUCUCCAGAGCAUUCCUAGCCUCCUUCAUCUUGGUCUUCGACCUUCUCAUUGUCAUGCAGGAUUGGGAGUUCCCUCACUUCAUGGGUGACCUGGAUAUGAAUCUUCCUGGAAUGUCAACAACACACGUGAAGGUCAAGCUACCUGUCUGCAAGCGUAUCUUUAAAGAGGAGUACCACAUCCACAUCACAGGUAAGUGGUUUAAUUACGGGAUCAUCUUUCUUGUGCUGAUUCUGGACCUUAACAUGUGGAAAAACCAGAUCUUCUAUAAGCCCUACGAAUACGGUCAGUACGUCGGCCCUGGCGAGAAGAUCUACACAGUGGAGGAGCCAGAAACACUCAAAUACUUCAACCACAGCACGCUCACCUACAACUGGCGUUCCACCAGCAUCGAUCCUGGCACCAACAUGACCUACGUGGAGCGGGACAUGUUCCUCCACAGCCGCUACAUUGGGGCCAGCCUGGACAUCAAAUGCCUAGCCUUUAUUCCAAGCUUGGCAGCAUUUGUCCUUUUUGGCUUCUUUAUUUGGUUGUUUGGGCGUUUUCAGGACAGUGAAACAUUCAAUGAAAAUCAGGACAAGACAUAUGAGAGGAUUAAAAGGAAGUCUCCUUCAGAGUACAGCAAGGACAUGGGCGUGACACCAGAGGAGAUGCAUAUGGCGAUGAGCGAGAGCCUGAAACGAUCAGGAACACCAAUGCUUCUGUCAGUGGAUGGGCCUCACUUUGGGGCGACGCCCUCUACAAACUCAACCAUCUCAAUGGAAACCCAGAUGACUCAUCCAAGCAUUGUGAUUGACAGCACGUCUCUGGAUGAGCCGGCAGUCUCUUUUGAUGUCAACAGACUCUCUCCAUAAAUGAAGGAGCUGUUGGAAACUAUGGCUAGUUGGGAGUAGAAAGAAAAUGCAGAGUCAUCAAGACUUUGGAUAGUCUCUUGAUUUGGUAUAGAAGCAAAAAAUACCAAAUAAAUUAAAACAACGCCAGUCCUCAUGGUGGCUACAGGAACAUAAUUAUAUUUUUGUAAAAUAUAAAUAAAAACAAUCUAUAUUGGCGCCACCUCUAAUGCAACAGAUCUUUUUAAUUAGUCAGCAACAUUUUAAUCCACAUGGUGCUUGCUUGAAUCUUGCAUUUUCAUAACUUCCUGUUGUCAUAGUUAACUGAGUGCCUAUGCCCGAGGAGUGUUUCUACAGCACUCACUUACAGUGUUACAGUUGUGCCUUGAAAUUUCAUAUAUUUACAUACCCCCAUAUUCUAACAGCCAGAUGUUGGAAGAUGUUCAAAUUAUGCUCUGCUAGAUGAUAACCUGCUUAAUCUUUUCAUAUCAAAUGUGCAAUUGUUACCUCAUUUAGCCCUCAGUCUAUUGUCGUAAUUUAUUCCCUUUAUGUUCCCUCCACGUAUUUGAAAUGUAUAUGUGUUCUUGGGAUGACAUGAUUAUCAACAUCAGCGUUCGCUGAUGACCUUUUCACACACCCCCACUUGAUAUUAGUUUCAGAGAAAAUAAAUGCAAUCAGCAGAGAUGAAAUAGCAACCCAACAAGCUGCUUGGUGAUUGCUAAUGUGGCUCCUUCUCCUUGGCUGAAUACCAACAGAGUUGGGAAGCUGGGUUUUGCCCUUGGCAUAAACAUGCUCUUGAAGUGCAGAGGUGGCUCUUUCUGUAAAAGCUCAGGGCUUCUUUUUGUCUAAAUAAUCGUUUGAAGGUUUCAAAGGCGGGUUUUAGGUAUGAACGCCAUUUAGUUGGCGCGGUUUUCUGCUGCUGCAAAAUUCCAAACACAUUUAAAAGCAGCAGUUUGUUUUACAUUUGCUUUAAAAGUGUCUUUUAUAAUGUAUUUUCUUAUUUUAGUAGAUUUCUUUAAGAUGUAUGUCUGGGGCUUUUGUUCUACAGUAUGUGCUCUUUGAGUUUCUUUUUUUCUCCUCUACAGUGCAAAAGCAAACUAAAUGUUUACUGAGAUACUAACUUUUUCUUUAAAACUUCCUUUUACUGUGACCAAAGAACCCACAUACUGCUGUUUCAACUUAUGGGAAACACAGUGGAGUGGCAGUCUAUGGUUCCUCCCUGGGACUGAUGCAAUGAUGCAGAACUGUAUCAUUAGAAAGGAUUUUGUGGAAACCUUGACAUCCAAAUCCAGACAGAGCGAACAUUGCUUCCUCUUAAAAUAACCAGCUUAGCUUUUUUCUGGAAUAACAGAAUUUGGACUCAGGUGUGUGCCACCAGAGCAGAAAUCUGUAGCUUGAUUUUCAGCAUUUUAACAUCAGUCUUUAAUUGCUUAAUCAAUUUUAUAUUUACUUAUUUUUUGUAUUAUUAUUAUUGAAUCAUUCAGUAAUCAUUUGAUUAUUUAUUCUUUGUUCAAUAUUGAAGGUGCAAUAUGUAAGAAUAAAAUAAGAUUCUACCGUGAAAUUAUCCUAAAACAGGUUAAUGUUGGAAGGAAACAGAUUUAAUUCUCAUUCGACUGUGGGGGUUGUCAGCAGUGCCUGCUUAUGUACAUAGCAGGUACUGAUUCGUUCCUCAGUAGGUACUUGGGAGGAGGCUUCACUUUACUUUAGGGUACACAAAAGCAGUAGGUAAUACUUAAGUACCUACUAGGUACUGAUUCAUUCCUCAGUAGGUACUUGGGAGGAGGCUUCACUUUCCAUUGUCUCGAGACGGACGGAUGCCGACGAUGGACGACAAAGUGACAGACGAGUGGACUCAAGAUGAAACAGUGAUUGACAUUGCAAAUUAUCUGCAUCCUUCAUGAGGUUUACAAAAGAGCGUCUACAGGCACUACAUUAAUCUGGGAUUCAUUUCUUAUUGCUUUCAUAAAUAACUAGUCCCUGAAUAAGACGGCUGGGUGGUUACCAGUAAGUACUGGCUAACUGCCCACUAAUCCCUGAAUAAGACUGAUGAGCAUUUUCACCAGUAACUACUGGUUAACUACCUAUUCUUCCAUGCUUCAUGACUCAUUACCCCCUAAGUCGUUCCCUAGUAACGAAGCACAAAUAGAUAACUACCUAUUACGGUCUGAAUAAGACUGCUGGGGUUUUUACCAGUAAGUACUGAUUAACUAUCUAUUAGUCCAUGAAUAAAACUACUGGGUGUUUACCAGUAAGUACUGGUUAACUACCUAUUAGUCCCUGAAAAAAGACUGAUGAGUGUUUUCACCAGUAACUACUGGUUAACUACCUAUUCUUCCCUGCUUAAUUACUCAUUACCACCUAAGUCGUUCCCUAGUAACGAAGCAUAAUUUUGCGUACCUUAUUGUAAAGUGUUACCACUUCCUGUAUGCUGGAGGCAUAACAUCUAAGACUGCAAACUCCAGAUUAGGCAAAGUAUUUUUAUCUACUUAUCAACUUGCUGUGUAUGACUCGUCUUUGUUUGUCAUCUAGAACGGGGUCGGCAACCUGUUCCCAUCAAAGAACCAUUAUUACCCGUUUCCCACAGUAAAGAAAACACUGGGAGCCACAGCAGCUGCGGCGUUGUGGGCGGGGCCUACCCUCAGACAGCAGAGAGCUGCUUUAACCAAUCACAACAGGUGACAGCAGCCAAUAACGGUCGCUCGUAUACGUCAAAGCUGUCUUUCAUAAGAAGAUAAUCAAUAAAACGAUUUAUAUAAAGUGGAUCCAGAAGUUGUAGCCCGUCUCUGCCGACGAUAUUUUGAUAUUUUUCACCCUGUUGGUGGUUUUACUGAGCAGGUGCCACUUUUGUCAUACGUUUCUUUUUAAAACAUGUUUAGACUGUUCAGAAUACAAAUCCAGGCUCUGUCACGUUUGAUUGUUGUAAUUAAACUUUGUAGGUGGGGAAGGUCAGAAAAGGAUCCGAUCAAUUUGUUUUUCCCUCAUUUACAGUGACGGAGAUAACGGUGCAGUGCGCCUGGCUCUGGUGUUAAUCAAGUUAAAUUGGCAACAAUUUUCACAAGAAAACAAAACAGUUAAAAGCAGGGCUUGUGUUGACCGGAUAGUUCCCGUAUUUGGCUGUUUAUUUUGACGGAGAAAGAAUAGAAAGAAUUACCCUGACGCAUGCGACAUUUUAUUUGUUUCGCACAUCGCAGAUGUAGCUAAAUCACUCAAGAAAAUAUUCCCAUCUGAACAUCUGAGCUGGACACUGCUCAGUCGCAGAACCAGAGCGCAUGCAGGAAGGUUCCUCCGACUGAAGCAAGACUUGUCACUUAGAAAAUGUUGCCUGAUUAUGAAACUUUGGCUGAAUAGUGCUUGUUCCUGUCUCCAAUGUGGCGACACAUCCAAGAGCCUGUCUGAGGAGUAUCCCAGAAUCUCACAUCCUCUUGAGCUCAGAAUGCGCCUAUGAUUACGCACAAGCGUGACGCGUCAACCCGGUCACACAGUAGACCGGGUUGGACCUGUUCAGGUUUACGCGGACAAUCUUUACAUUUAGAAUUAGCUUAGAGAUGUAAAAUUUAUGCAGUAAAAUAUAAAGCAUUUUAUUUAAAUGUCCAUUCAUUAUUUUACAAGCACAGAGAGCCGCAUUAGAUGGAUGGAAGAGCCGCAUCCGGCUCCAGAGCCGCGGGUUGCCGACCCCUGAGCUAGAAUCAUCUGGUGCUGAUCCGUAAAUGGCAACAGCCAUGAAACUCUUGGAAUAGGAGUGAGAGUGAUUGCAGUAACUAAAUUUGACCACAGGAUGUCACUUUUACUUCAUUCAUACAUAUUGCACCUUUAAAGGCCACAUUACCAUAUUCUAAUUGUGUUUUUGAAAUUGACCCACCUCAUCAAUAGAUUUUUAAUAUUAAAAUAGCAAGUAAAAUUUACUGGUGGCACACUCCAUAAAUCUUUGUGUAAGUGUUUUGGGUAAAAAUGUGUGUGUGUGUUUAGUAAGAUGUUUGCUAUAACAGCCAUUUAGCAUAAUUGCUUUGCAGCUCAUUCUGUAAUUAUAUUUUAACAUGUUAAAACAUAUUUGAAACAUUCAAUUUUAGUGUUUUACCAAAGGUCAAAACCUAUUUAAACAUGACAGGAUGCAAAGAUGCUGGUUCCAAUGCUAUCGUGUUCACUAGCUUUAAUUUUUUUGUAAUCGUCUUGCAAAAUGUCCCUGUAAAAAAAGUUAGGCCACCCCAGAAGAAAGAUAACAAGGAGAAAGUGUCUAAAAUAACAUGCUGGUGAAAACCGUAUUAUAAUUUUUCCAGAAAAUGUCCACAUUUUGAGAAAAAUACAGAUUUUUGAAUAGCUAAAAUAUGAAGUUUGGAAGACCGAGGGAAGUCUAAAUAUAAUUCCAUCCAUCCAUCCAGUUUCUGAACCCGCUUGUCCACGUAGGGUCACGGGGGGGCUGGUGCCUAUCUCCAGCGGUCAAUGGGCAAUCAGGCGGGGUACACCCUGGACAGAGAGCCAGUCCAUCGCAGGGCAACACAGAGACACACAGGACAAACAAUCACACACUCACACCUAAGGGCAAUUUAAACAGACCAAUCAACCUAACAGUCAUGUUUUUGGAUGUGGGAGGAAACCGGAGCACCCGGAGCACCCGGAGAGAACCCACGCAUGCACAGGGAGAACAUGCAAACUCCAUGUUGAAAGACCCCAGGCUUGGAAGCGAACCCAGGACCUUCUCGCUGCAAGGCAACAGCUCUAACCACUGUGCCACUGCGCAGCCCCACACAUAAUUUUCUCUUUGAAUUUAAAAUAUCAAAUGAAAGCUUAAAAUACUGUUUUCUAAAUAUGUAGGAAAUAUGAAGAAAAAUUUUAAAAUAUCUAUUUCAGGAUAAUGUCAAAAUAAUGAGAAGAAGAUCUAGAGGAAAAGGUUCAAAGAAUGUUAUAAACACUGUUUUCAAAAUAAACAAAGAAGUUAAAAUCUAAAAAUUGUCUCAUGAACUCAAAAUUGGGGAAAAGAAACAUUUUCUUUAGGAAGUCAGAAUUUUGAUUUGAUACAAUGUAAAAAAAAACAAAUCUAUAUUAAAAUUAAGGCUACUUGAAAGUAAUACAGCAAAACCAAAUGAGCACACGUUCGAAGAGCUGUGUCAUCAAUGCUUUUCUGUGACUUAGCUUCAAUGUUUUAUGAUUAGUUAUAAUAAAAAAAACAACAACAACAAUAAUAAUAAUAGUAGUAGUAGUAGUAGUAGUAGUAGUAGUAGUAGGUAUGCAUCAUUAUUUGUAAUUUACUUGGCAUAAAAACACAUCAAGAAAACUCAUUUAAUGUAUCCAGGCUCAGAGCACAUAGGACUUGGUUUACUUUCUUGGACUUGAACGUUUUUAAUGGAAUUUGUGUUAUUCUUGACAUUUCCUCAUUCUUAUUUUUUCUUCUGAGAAGCUCUAAUGUUCUGCUUUCAUCUGUUUCUUAGACUCCUGCUGGAUUUUACCGCAUGGAAAAUUAUCCUGUGUUUGUGUUUUGUAUAUUUGUUGGAUUGUGUUACAAACAAAUAAACACAUUUGCUACA